CAUAAACAACCCAUAAUUAAGAACCACGAGGAUUUUUCUUGUGUAUGCUUUUAAGGUUAUGCCGCUUAAUUUUGACGCAUGUAUACCUUUCUAUAAUUAAUGACAAGAAAUGGAUGAAACAUUGAGUACACCCCCUACAAUUAAAUUAAAUUUAUCAGGACAAAUCUAUUGUGUAGAGUUUUCUCCUUAUGAAUGGUCUCAACAACUGAUUUGUAUUGGUUUGAAAGAAGAAGUCAUAAUUGGUACAAUCAAAUUUCAGGAUGAAGAUGAUACUGUGGAAGAUAUAGCUUAUAAUUUAAUAAGAACAUUUCAUCAUGACACUAGACCAAAUGCUAUUGCAUGGAGUCCAGAAACAACCUUAAGUGUUGUUCCUAAAAUUCUUACAUUUUGUGUUGCUGGUACAGAUUUUAGAAUACGAAUGUAUAAUAGUAAUUUAAAUGAUGUUAAUAUAUAUGAGAUUUUAGAAGGCCAUAUAGAUUAUAUAAAUUCAAUUUCUUAUGAACCUGAGGGUGAAUUAUUAGCAUCAACAUCUGAUGAUCAUACUUGCAAGCUUUGGGCUGUUAAAGAAGAUCAAAAAUGUAUUUCAACAUUUCAUUUAACAUCACCUGGUAUGAGUGUAUGCUGGCAUAGUGAAGAAUCUGGAAAGUUGUUAGUUGCAGAAAAAAAUGGAUUGAUCCAUAUGUAUAAUGUUAGAAAUCAACAAGCAAUUAUUUCACUUGAUGCAGGAGUACUUCCUUUAUCCUCUGCGGAUUGGGGUUCUAAUCCAUUAAAAGUUGUUUCUUUAGCAGCUGGAGAAUUACUUUUAUGGGAUGUAUCUAGACCAAGUCGACCAUUAGAAUCUGGGACACUUUAUAUAGAAGGUGGUUUGUUAAUAAAAUUCUCUCCUACUUAUGAACACAUUGUAGCAAGUAUUGGCAGACCUGAUAAUUUAUUAAAAGUUAGUAACUUCAAGUUAAAACAAGUUAUAUUACAUGGGAAAGUUAAAAUUGUAGGAGGUUUGUCUUGGCAUUAUAAAUAUCCAUAUAUUUGUGCAGGUAGUGAUAGAGAACUUCAUUUUUGGAAAAUAAAAAUUAACUAAAUUUCAAUUAAACUAUUAUUUUUAUAUUUAUAUACAUUUAUAUUAUUACGUAUUUUUUUAAGUAAAAUAUUGAAAGAAAUAAAUCAAUAAUAUUUGUAAGA